GGCUUCGCUUCAUGCUUGCCACCCUACCGCGUCGAACUGCACAGUACAGCUCGUCCGUGAGAUCAUGGGUUCGAUACUCCCUGAAGCAUGGAUUUGGAGGCCCCAGUGGGCGUCAUGUUUCACUCUCACCGCUUCACAGGCAAGGCUCGACGAUGGGGAGCGCGACAGUAAGAACUCGGGUUCGAUACUCAGCAUCUGCCAAAGCCAGUCUCGCAGCCUUUAUCACUCUCGUUGCCGGCAGAGCCCGGAGACGUGAAGCUCGUGUUGCAGACUCUCGCUCGCCGCAAUGAGAUGCACAGCAUCUCAUGUGCCGAGGGGGGGAACGAGGUGGGGGAUGGAAUCAUCGGCUUCCUGCCCCAUCCAAUAACGACCCCACGCAGAUCGGCGGCGACUUGUGCAGCAGCAGCUACGACGAUGGAAUCAUGGUGGUGGGGUGGAUAAUUGUUCCGGGUGGGACUCCAAUAAUUUUAUGAAUUCCCCCAUGCUGCUGCCUGGCACAGCGGCACAAGACAGACAGACCCCACCACGGCACUCGCCUUUGCUUCCCAAUGUCAAAACCAGGGAGGAGGUCAAGUCACCCUCACACGAGGAGGUGCUCUCGUGUUCCAAAAGAGCUACACUCGCCAGCACUCAUUCGGUGGUGAGUAGUAUCGCCGCUUGUCCCCACCAUCGCUCUCUCUCACUGUAUUCGUACCGUGGUCCAUCUGCUACGCAAUACACGGCAGAAUUCUAGGAUGGCAUGGAGUUUUUAAGUGGGGGGAGGAGCUGUGUGUGGGUUUGGGAGUGUGACCAGCGUCGUGUGCCACUGUCGCUCGAUUCGCACCCUGUUCUACAUGGGCCCCGAAUGCCUGCAUCGGGAAGGGGAGGUUGAACUCGAUCAAAUACGUAAUAACCAUCUUGACAUACACAUGUCGUUGAAUAAUUCCGAGACUGUACUGAGUAAUUGGAUUAGGGCGAAGGCAAGGCGAGGCGAGGCGAGGCCAGUCUUUCAUUUUCAUUAUGAUACAGUAGCCAGCCCGGUGGUGAGAUUUGCAGGGAGACCCACACACAGAGGAGGACCUGCAGAGGCUCUCGCCACGAUCAGCGUUACCAAAACAAUUCCUGACGUUUCAGAGUAUGACAACGCUGUGGCGAGCAAUAGAGCGGGUGAGAGAGAGAGGGAGAGAGUUAGAGUGAGGUGGAAACUCGUGAGAUGGGGUGCGUUCUUUCUCUUCCCCUGUUGCGCAUUAGUGUGUCGCAGGAUUUUUCAUGUAGAAUGUUCCACACUUGGCUGGAAGCGAGGCGAGUGAUGAAGAUUCUGUUGAAGUGUUGGUGUUAGGAAUAGAAGGAGAAAUGGCAAUAAUAUCUUGAAGAAGGUGAUCGCGUGCAUUCGAUGUGGAGAAGGUCUGAGGACGUAACAGGAGGAGGGAAUGCAAAGGAGUUUCAGAUGCGGUGCGAAGUUUGUGUAAGGGAAGAGGUGGAAGCUUUGUCCUGUUUCGUUAAUCAAGUGACAAGGGUGACAUGCAUGCAUCGGUUCUCUUAACUGCAAGGUUCAAAGCGAGCAUUCUUCAGAUUAAAGCACAAGCAUGAAAGUUGUGCAGGCGACUCGGAUGAGAAGUUGAUACGGUGUCGUUCAAGUCGCUAUAUUGCUGGUGAAUACCGGCCUGAGAAUUACGUCUCUUUGCAUGAAAUCCCUCCAAUUCACACCAACGGACCCGAGCAAGUUAGGCCACAAUGAUCGAUGAUGGAGAGGUAGAAUGGGGAACAACAAAAACAUGAGUACUGUGAAGAAAUGAGUGUUCACAGGAAAUAGCCAUCUGGUAACAUGAGGAAGAAGACGACGUCGGCGGCUUCCGUGGUGAGAAAACAGCUUCAAACCUGUUGCCAGUAUGAGACGCUUUCACUGGAGACACACGAUAGAGAUGACCUUUCUGAGGGUUUUAAGCUGUCGCAGGAGAUUCAUAUCUCCCCUCCCGUCAAGGACACAUCACACUCGUCUUUCUUCAGACGUAAAUCUUUCAAUGUUACUCAUGUGAAACACCUUCUGACAACUCCCGAGUCGCAAACUCCCCAUCGGAAAUCAUUGGAAUCCGCUCUACCCCUUUGUGCGGGUUCAAAGUUCAAGCCAAGAAAGCUGCAGUAUGUCAAGAGUUUACCACAUCUUGCUCCAGCUUCUGCAAAGGCCACAACGGCGUCCAUGCCAUUACCGCUUGUAUUGUCUCGUCUGGAAUCUCUGAAGGCUAAUGAAAAGCACAAAUCGGGGCCGCUUUUGACGGUAAGGCACUCGUCCGAAGGGGAACCUAUGAAAAACAAUCUUGCUUCUCCAGUGAAGUUGAAGAAGUACUUCUCAGGGCCACUUCUCAGCGUGCAACGGAACCCUCUGAGUGGCUCGUCAUCGCUUACUGCUGCCAAGACCAAUCUUAUUUCAGAGCCAUUACACGUGGACGAAAAAACCAAGCAACAAGAAGGCCCAUCUCCAACGAGCCGGUUCACAAGGAUGAAGUCCUCCUCUCAGGCUCUGUUCCCGGCUGUUGCCACAAGUAAGCUUUCAGGCAUGGUGACACAAGGGACUCUGAAGAAGGCUGCACAAUUGACAAAGAUUACUCCUUUUCUUGACAGGAAAGGAUCACGGGGAUCCCGUGCUUCAAAAGUAGAUUAUAAACCUUGUCCUUCUAUUCCGAUGGAAGGCAAUCCCGGAUCGGCCACAGAGAAGACCCCAUUGGCGACAACUGUUGCAUUCUCGGAUCCGAGGGAAAAUGAUGGACAAAACGCCAAGCCGACUUUCAUAAGUACUAGUGCACGGAAAGAUAAGAGCUGCAGCGAGAGGGAGAGAGUCUUGGCUGCUGUAAAGAUACAAGCUGCAUUUCGAGGCCACAGAGAUCGUAAAAGAUAUGCGAUUGAGUUAGUCCGGGCUAAGAACCCAAGCGGGGAAACCACACAGAACGAGGUUGAGGAAGCACCAUCUGUUAGCACACAGAUAUCGAGAACGAAGCCGCAAAAGCGUAUUGCAGCUCGAAGAGCAAGAACCGGAAUGGAGCAAGUGAGCAAGAGCUGGAAUGGAAGCCUCCGAACGGCGCAAGAUUGUCAGGCGAUUCUUAAAAGCAAGCAAGAGGCGGCCCUGAAACGCGAGCGAGCGAUGGAGUAUGCCAUGUCGCGACAACAUUGGAAAACUGGGUCAAGGUCACAGAAAGCUCCUGCAUGGAUCGUUGACAAUACGUUUCCUGACAAGCCUGGGUGGGUGUGGAACUGGUUAGAACGAGCUGCAAGAAUGGGAGCGCACAAUUCUCCGAACAGGGUUUUUGAUAAUGAUUUCGACAAAGAUGAAUCAGUUAGCAACAGCCUUUCUGUCAAAAGCACGAUUGGGAUAUGUACCACCGAGAUUGGGAGUGCAGAUGUGGACCUCCAAUGCCCGAUGACAUAUCCAUGGCCACUCUCGCUUCGGCAACAACAUGCUGCAGGGCUGCUGCAACCAAAGGAAUCUCUCGUGAGACCUAGCCCACUGAGAAAAGCAGGUGGAGGUGGAUCCCCAGAAAUUCUUCUGCCACGACAUUCACAGCAGAAGAUGACCGAGACUGAGCGUGCAAAGAGACAAGAUAUGUCCAACACUGACGACAGUUGUGUUGCCAGCCAGAUCAGCGACGAAUUGUCCAUGACUAAGACAUCAUUCGGCGUCCGGAAGCUUAAAUUUGAUGAGGACGAAAAUGAAAAGCAGGAUGAUUAUCAGGAGAGCGUGGGAAGCUGUGCUGGACCUUUGCCUGCAUUGUACCGCUUGGCUUCUCCGUUUGCAGGCCCGAAAUCGAGGUCGCAGAACGGCUUACAGCUUAGGAAGUCCAAUCCUAAUUCUUUGAAGGAAACCAUUAAGGCUAAUCUUCAUACAUACGGAAAUUCUCAAGCCCAUCAUAUGCAAAAGCAAGUCCCCGCUUCACACUCUGACAGCGAUUCAGCAGGGACGACGGCUGCAUCAGUACGUCGACCCUUUUGGCGACCUUAGAUAAUGUCACAGCCCAACCAUCAAGCCCUGCGACGCAGCUUUAUGCUCAGAAUGUUUUGACGUCGAAUGAAUCAUUGCAAUCACUGCAGGCCUGCAUUCCCAGGUUCAUAGUUCUUAUAUUUUGGAAUUCUUUUUUCUUUGAAUUGAAUAAUGCUGAGGUUAACUUACUUGCAAACUCCCGUGCACUCUGCGAGAA